AUGGAGCCUCUGGAAACACAAUUUGACGAUACGUAUGGAAUGCCAAUAUUGAGUGAUGAUCCUAUUCAAAUUAUUGAUCUUCAAGAAGUUUUUCCAGAUGCCGAUGAAGCUACUCAAUUGGAGUCUUCAAACAAUGGAAAUCUUGAUGCACUCCCUCUUGAGUCUUCUAUUGAGCAUACAGCCUCAGUCUCUGAACAACCAGAUGAUCAACUCUAUAACCAGUAUCUUAGCGGAGAGCUUUCGAUCAACGAGUUGAUGAAGGAGCUUUACACCAGCUCGAAAGUCCAAAAGCCUAAAAAAUCUUCUAGGCCUUCAAAUCGUUCUCGACCAACAAAUAGUUCGAAAAAUCGGAAACCACCUCCAACCGAUAUGGACGAAUCCCCUGAAGAAAUGGACGUUGGCAGUGAUUCCGAUUUCACCAAAUCAAGACCGAAAAAGAAAAGCAAAUCGGGUGCCCCGAGAAAGGCAAGUAGACACAUGAAAUGGGAUUUGAAAUUUGAGCUGGCCAACUACCUGGGCGAAGCAGAGCGCCAUUUAAACAAUCAGAAUUACGAGAAAACUGAAGAAAUUUGCAGAAACAUAAUCAGUGCAGCCCCGCAAGCUUCUGCACCCUACGUGGUUCUGGCGGAUAUGUUCUACAGGAAGGGUCUUCGUAAGCAGUCUCAAGAGGUGCUUACGUUACUUACUGUUUUUGCAAACCAUUUAGCUAUGCGAUGUUCACGAAACUACCCGGAAGCUCGUCACAGGCUGGUUAGUCUUCUAGUCGCCACUGGUCAGGAGAAAGAAGCCCUAAGAGUUCGACUUUCGGCUCUACUUAGCUUGGAGAAUGUCGAUCCUCGUAGGAUUUACAACCAGAUUGUUAAGAUUGCGGAGGAGUUUGCUAGCCUUGGAGAUAAUAGUGGAUGCAUAAGGACCUACGAAUUGGCUUUUGAAAAGCUCCCUGAAAUCUGCCCUUCCAAAGAUCAGCUUCGUGUUUUGGACUUAUUUCAGGAGGACGAUCGAUCUGAAGAGGCUCUCAAGUUCUUUCUAAUGUACUGGGGUGUUUCCCUCAUCUGUGAGAAUGGUCAAAUAGCCUCGCCUUAUCGUGUUCCCUCAAACACCGCUGUUAUGCAAUCAAUUCGCCGGUGCGAGUUUUCCGAAGACAUGAACGUUGCGGUUAUGAUCCGCUUCUUUAUUCUCAUGCUGAAAUUCAAUCUGGGUUCUGUUAUUAAGGACCAGAUAAACUCGUUUAUCGUCUCGGCCUCUUCAAAGGAAUUCCGACGAAAGUACAAUCUCUUUGUGGAGUUAACCAAGGCGUGCAAAAAUGCAGGACUCUCAAAUGAGGGAUUAGUUAUUGCCAAAAAGCUCAUCUCAACUCCCAAAGUCAAACCGAAACCAAAGGUAUACUGCCUACUUGGUGAUCUUCAAGUUGAGACCAACUUACACGAGGAGGCUCUUGCCACUUAUCGUCACAUAAUCAAUAAGCUUGACCCCCGCUGUACAGAGGCACGCCUAUCACUCGGUAACCUCUUGCGUCGUCUUGGUGACGAGAAAGCCGCCUUGGAAGUGCUUGAACCGUCUCUGCUUGUGAGUACUCAUGAGCCUGAAAGGGGUACAGAUGGUGAAGAGGAAAAACAGGCAUCUUCAGAUGAAGAAGACGAAUAUGAAGAAAGCAGUGGCGACGGAGAUUCAUCUGAUGAUGGCCGUGAUAAUUGCGACUUUUCGGGUUCUGAUGUUGAAAGCGUUGGGGACAAUGGUUCAGAGGAUUCAGAUGCGGAAGCACAAGUUUCUGAAGUGAUAGACGGAACAAGUCGGAUUGUAAACACUUCAUUAAUGCUCUGUAAUGACCCGAGUGCAAUGCGUCUAGCCUUUGAACGUUGCAAACUUCUUGACAGUCCAAAUACCAUAAAACAGUUUCUUCAAGAGUCCUGUCGAGUGCUAUUUGGCGAUGUGAUGCAGGUCUACUCGUGUGAACGACCUGGGCCUGCCGUGAUGUUCCAAUACUACCUCUGUAAACACCCCUCAGUUCGAGCGCUUGCUCACUUGGAUGAUCAAGCAGAUCCGUCCCUCCGUGUGUCAUCUGAAGACCUCUGGGCGAAUUGUUGUUGCCGGGUGAUGGAGAUCUUGAUUAAAAGAAAAGAUUAUGUAACCUUGGAUCGAUUUUUGGCCUGGGCAUCUGUUCUUCCCUGGAUUGUUGAAACUCCAUACAGACGCAGAAUAAUUACACAUCUCUACAUUAGCAAUGCCCUUCAGGUUGGGCAUGGAGAAACGGCCAUGGAAGCUAUGAGACAGAUUGAGAAAGAGUUUUCUCAUUUGAAUCAAUACUGGAACCUGCUUAAUAUUGCCUCUACCACUUCACGAGAACUUCGAUUAACUCGGUUCCUACUCCGGCGCAUCUCCAAGGAUGAGAACAAUCUUGGCGCUUCGCUGAUGAGCUGUGGUGACUGUAUGGCCCGUGGAUCUAGUCGUUAUUCUAUAGCUCUGAUGGCAGAUCUACGAGCCCGUUUCCCUGGUGAUCCGCUCAUCUCCCUUCUUCUGGCUGUGUGCUUCCUGAAUAUCUCCGUUCAUAAGCACCUCUUUUCCCGCCACAAAACCGUGCUUCAGUGCAUUGGAUUUCUGGGUGAGUACAGACAACUACGCGGGGAGUGUCAGGAGGUCUACUUCAAUAUUGCACGCGCUUGUCACCAAUGCAUGCUGGGCCACAUUGCCAUUCCCUACUACGAGAAAGUUCUCGAAAUGGAACCAAUUGGCUCCACUGAGCAGGAGAAACGCACAAUGGUCCAUUCACUCUGGUCACAAUUAGGGUACCUUCUCGCCACUGCUUUAGUGGUCUCCAGUUUGGAGCUCACUUUAGAACCCAACGAACUUGUUAAAGCACAACGCGAAAGCUCAGGAAAAUUUUUCUACUAUGAUUCGAUUGCCGAAACUAUAAUGCUCAAUCGUAGCUUGCUUGUUGGAAUCUAUAAGGCUGCUAACUAUAAUGAAUCCGAGGGUUUAACACGUCUCAAAGCCAACAAUAUCAUUUGUGGUGGAACAUUAAUAUCUCCUAAGUGGGUUCUAACAGCAGCUCAUUGCUUGAAACCAAUUCUGGGUUCAGCAGUUGGCAUGCAACAAGGAGUUCCAAUUGAAUUAAACACAACAGAAAUGGCGCCAAUUUCAAUGCUCGUACGCGCUGGGGACAGUGUUCUCGAGGGUACACGAGAACGAAAUGAACAAGAAAGUGAUCAUGUGGUUGUUCAAGCAUUAAUUCAUCCAGAAUGGGUAGCCCAGAGACGCAACAGCCCAUAUGAUAUCGCGCUUCUAAAGCUGGCAAAGCCUGUAGACAUUGAAAACUCCGACGUUGGAGUGGCCUGUUUGCCAAAAGAGAAGGCUUCUCCACCACCAGAAGAUGCGAUUUGCUAUACUGUGGGAUGGGGAGAAACUAAACCUCCUCGAAGAAUAUCCCACUGGGCUUACAUUCCAUUUUGGUUUUAUGGCAAGCGAGAACGUAGCCAAAAGAAACCAGACACAUUGAAACAAAUUCGUCUUAGUAUUGAAUCCCCAGAGAGUUGUUUCGAGGAUGAUGAAGAGGAAAAUAACGUCCAAAUCUGUGCUGGAAGUUCAGAAAAGGGUGUUUGUCCAGGAGAUACGGGGGCAGGAAUUUUCUGUCGAAACGAAGUAGACCGUAAAUGGUACGUCUACGGCGUGUUGGGAUCUGAACCUCUUCGAUACUGCAAGCAUAAGCACUUGAUCUAUAAUUCAGUGGAGAGCGUUUCACAAUGGAUCAAUCGAUAUGUUGUCUAA